GAAGAAGAUGAUUUUGAUGUAAAUAAUGAUGUAUAUGAAGAAGGUGUUGAUAUAUGUAAAGAUGAUGAUAUACACGAAAAAGAAGACAAUAAUAUAUAUAAAGAAAAUAAUAUAUGUGAAGAAGAUAAUAUAUGCAAAGAAGAUGAUGAUAUUUACGAAGAUGAUGAUACAU